GAGAGCGACGGGGGCGGCCAAGAUGGCGGACGGGGCGGGUAGCAACGGGGACGCCGCGGCGCUGCCGGUGGGCAAGGAGGCAGUGGAGCGGCUGAUCCGGGAGAACGGGCACAUCUUCACCGAGGCGCAGUGCAAGGUGUGCAGCGCGCUGCUCAUCUCCGAGUCGCAGCGCCUGGCGCACUACCAGAGCAAGAAGCACGCCAACAAGGUGCGGAGGUACCUCUCCAUCCACGGCGAGGAGGAGCUGGCGCCCGGGAAGAAGAUGAAGCUGGACGCCAAGGAGAGCAAGCAGGAAGGCACCAACGGGGAGGACAGGAACAAGUGUUGUCCCAUCUGUAACAUGACCUUUUCCUCUCCUGCUGUGGCCACGUCUCACUACCUGGGGAAGACUCAUGCCAAGAAUGUGAAGCAGCAGUCCCCUAAAGUGGAAGAAGUGGUGCCCCCACAGAAACAUCCUGCUACCCUCCCCGCCUCUACUGUAUCUUCUAAUGAAGAAAACAAGGACAUUACAGACCCAGACAAGUUCUGUAGCCUCUGCCAUGCCACUUUCAACAACCCCCUUAUGGCAAAACAGCAUUAUGUAGGCAAGAAGCACAGAAAGCAAGAAACCAAACACAAGCUGAUGGCACGCUAUGGCCGAACUCCUGACGCACCGGCAUCGUCCUUCCUGGCUGGGAAGGGCUACCCCUGCAACACAUGUAACAUAGUACUGAACUCCAUAGAGCAGUACCAAGCUCACAUCAGUGGCUUCAAACACAAGAAUCAGAUGCCAGGAGCAGUGCCGGUUGUAGGACCAUUCCCACCACAGCAGUAUGUCCGGGAAGAAACAACUGCUCCAGGAGGCUACAGUUACUUCAGCCAAGACUUCUAGAGCAAGUUGCAGCACUGUUCUUGGAGUUGUUGGUGGCCCAAGAACACACAUCCUUUGCCAGCCCACAAUGGUUUCAUUAUCCCUCUGGAUAAGCAAAGCCCUACCCUCCUGUAUGCACCCGUUGAGCAGAACGGGGACUGAAUCUGUCCGAAAAAGGAUCCAGCUGAAAGAGACUUGGUAGACAGCAAAUACAUCACUCCCUUAGAGUAGUUUUCAUUGUGUAAUUGCUUCCUGUAAAGGUGGGUGCGGUGUGAGAGGAAGUGUGUAUCUGGUGUAAGGAGAGUCUGGCGGCAGGCUGGUAACAUCUACCUCCUCCCUCACCAGAGCAAAUAGUGGAUUCCUGCACCUGGAGGCCAGCAGCCCACGCUUAGAGGUGUCUUUUGCUGGAGGAAAACUCCUAGUCCAUAGCAAGCAGCGCUUAUGCGGUGUGAAUGGGGCACCGUGUGGGCUGCUUGGCUUUUUACAGACCUGACAUAGGAAAUGGCAGCGUGGCAUCUCUUGUCCAGGCUCAUCUGGAUAGGUUUGUGUGCAGAAUUCCUGGAGCCGCUGAUUGCCAUCAGAGCCUUUGGCAGUGCUGCAGUUCAGGAGCUGUGUUGUUUGGUGUCUAACAUGUAGGCAUGAUUUGUGGUGUCCAGUGCUGCUGGUGGGGGUGGAGGGCUGAUGGAGGAGUUGGAGCUCUCAGCUCUCCAGGCAGCUCAGCCCUCCGCUCUGAGGAUUUCCACGUGGAAGUAAGAAACAGUUUAGCCUGGUUUCCUAUGGAAACAGGUCUAUGUGAUCGUUCACCCUGUGUGUCUUUACCCCUCAUAACUUAAACGGAUCUCAGCCAAACUUGGCAAUGGUGGAAAUUUCUGAGACCCGAAUGCAAUCAGCAGAGGAAGGUGAGCGGGAAGAGUCCAUCUCAGGCUCUGUCAGGGUCUGCAUAAGUGCAGCGUUUUCCCUACUGCCAGCAAAAUACUGAUAGAGAAGGAGAAUUUUAAAGGGGAAAAAAUAGAGAAGAUAAGUAUGGAAAUAACAGAAUACUGUGGUAUAGCUUGGUUGGAUUGUUUGCUGGCUGAAAACCUGCAAGUCCCUUGGAAACCUGACUUAGUCCUUCAUUAGACACUACUUGCCCAACCCCUCUCUCAAAGCUCUUACACAUCUGUACCGUCACAGAGAAGAGAUGUUCUGUCUUUCAAACCCAGAAAUUAAGAUAGGUGGUCUCUUCAUGGUGCUAAUGUACUGGAUCUGUUAGAAGAGCCCCAGGAAGGAAGGGCGGGCAUCUGAGGCUGUUGUGCAUUUAGGAUGAGUUCUUCAGAUGUUCUGCCCUUGAGCUAGGGCCGUGCCAUUCUUUGCUGGCCCACCGCAGUCGCCGUGUUGUCGGGCUGGCCUUGUGCUCAGCGCCAGUGCUCCGUGUUGGGCACCCCAUGGCUCUGUCCCAGCCUCACUGCCUCCACGGAGCUGAGAGUUGGCCAGCCUGGGGCGAGUGCCAUUGUUUUCCUUCCACGGGGCAGGAGGACGGGGACCUGCCUGGCUGACGGGAGCAGAGGUGAUGGACGUGCCGAGCAGAGCUGCUGCCUCCCACUGCUGCAGCAGCUGCUGGAGGGCACGCUGGGGCCCUGCAUCCCGGUGUUGCGUUCCAGGCUGAGCAGCUGCUGCCUUUGUGAGGCUGAGCGCCAGGCUGGGGGGGCACUUCCAGAACCCUGCACGCACUGAUCAGGUUAAGCAAGGAGAGAGAGUUGGUUGCUAAUCUCUGCACUUGGUGUGAGUGCCUUCCCUCCCCGCUCAAGGCUGUGCAUGAGCUUUGUUUGCCUUCACCCUGCACAGGAUCUGCCAUCUCCCCUUAGGACAGGCUCCUGCUGGGCUGGGUUCGCCUUUCUGAUGUUUUCCAGUCUCGCUCUACUGCUGAGGGCUGACCUCAGCCUCCUGCUUUUGAGAGGGAGUCCUUUUAAACCAAGCAAGCUGAUCAACCAGCAGAAAAUUGCAAUGAAGUAAAGGAAGCAUUGUGUGCCUGGUGGCACUGGAUGGCCUCCAGCUCCGAUCCCCACUGCUUAGCUCUCGUCUCGCUGCACGAGGGCAGGUGCCUGCUGGAUGUGCUGUGCAUUGACACCAAGAGGGAUCCAUUUCCAGCACUGCCCAGUCCGGUGUGUCACUCCAGUCUGUGUACUGACAGUUUUGCCUUCCUCUGUACAUGAUGUUUAUGUAUCUGCUGUUUCCCUAAGGUGAAGCUCUCCAAAUAGAGUGUUUAUUACUA